ACACAAACAUACAACAAACCGAACCAAAUUUAGGUGACGCGACGUGAUGUGAAAAGUUAUGCGGCGCUUCAUUUGUGCUUAAUUCAUCAUUUAGAAAGGCAUUAAACGGAGUUCUUUGUCUUGUUGGUGAGACAUUAUGCGGCAUAUUUACCAAUAAAAGUAAAGUUUAGUGUAACGUAAAGUGUUUUUGCCCUGAAAAAAGGGGCUGCCGUAUCAAAGGGCAUCUUUUGGAGCUAUUGUUCGGACAGGUUGUGCAGUGCGUGCGGGAGUGCGUAGUUACGCAUUAAACAUUUGCCAGUGCAAUGAUGAACAAUAAUGGGUUUAGUACGGGGGAGGAAGAUUCCCGCGGGCCGGCGGACCAGAUCUGUUGCCUGCUGGACGACGGCGAGCGUUGCCGGAAGCAGGCAGGCAACGCGUCCUACAGCAAGCGAAUUCAGAAGACGGUCACGCAACGAAGGCUAAAGCUGAGCAUCGACAGCCAUGCACGACAUAUCUACAUCUGUGACUUUCACAAGGCACGGAUACAGUGUGCCCGCACGAAGCGACGCCGCCGCGAUUCGGAGGACGACAGCAACGAGACGGACACCGAUCUGCCGGAGGUCGAUCUCUACCAGCUGCAGGUGAAUACGCUGCGAAGGUACAAACGCUUCUACAAAGUGUCCACGCGUCCGAGCAGCAACAAAGCGCAACUAUCGGAGACCAUCAUGAAACACUUCAAGACGAUUCCGAUCAAGGAGAAAGAAAUUCUCACCUACUUUAUCUACAUGGUAAAGUCCAACUCGAACAAGCUGGACCAGAAGAACAAUGCGAGUGCCGAGGCCACAUGAACGGUAGCGUCACUAACAGCAACGUUGUCAUAAUUGUGCCGCUUUUAUCUUACAAACUCUUAGUUUUUAACGCUUGUGUCUCAUCCAAUAAGUGUAGAGUGUCCUUCCUUUCCACCCUGUGUAACGCUAGCAGUUCUGGCCCUUUCGGUUUAACGAAAUGUUUGGCCCAGCGGACCGAGGGGACACAAGGAAUAAAGCAAGAAUAAAGCAUAAAUCACACCAGAUGUGACCUUAGUGCGA